GGCACAUCUACCGUAUAAAAACGGGCCGAUUCCCCUCAAAUGCACACACUUUCCUGUUUAACAUUCUAGUGAGUACUACCACAAAAUGAAGCUCCUCAUGUUGAUCGCGCUCUUUAUGGCCAUCGUGAUGGUUCAUUCCGUUCCGUUGGAGGGCGAAAAAGGCGAAACGGGAGCCAUCGUCGACGAUUUGGAUACGGCCGAAUUGUUCGCCAAGAGUUACGGCAAAGCUAAAGCCCCAAAAUCGUCGUACGGCUCACCUAAAGCCAAAGCACCAAAGGCUCCCAAAGCAUCCUACGGUGCUCCAAAAGCCAAGGCUCCCAAAGCACCUAAAGCCGCUUACGGUGCCCCUAAAGCCAAGGCCCCAAAAGCUCCAAAGUCCUCUUACGGCAAACCCAAGAAAGAGAAGGCACCCGACUAUUCCUACGGUAGAAAAUAAGAACUUUGGAAUAGCUACUUGACACGCAGUAUGUGCAUGAUGUUAUUACCCAAUUCCUGUUGACUGAUGAACGACGACUCGCUUGUGUUUUUUUUGUUAUACGUUGGAUCACGCUGUGCCGUUAUCUGACUAUACCUCACUCCCUUUUGACUUCCCAAUGUUUCUCUAUAUGCUCCGUUGAACGAAACAGUUUCAUAUCAUACGAUACUUUUCUGUGGUUAAGUGUCACCUUUUCCCUCAUUUCGCUCAAUUAAUCGUUCUGUAUGUUAAACCCUAUCUCUUCUGAAUGAAAUAUAAAUUUUCCAAAACGUGAA